UGAGGAGAAGGAAGGAGGAGGAGGAGGAGGGGAAAGAGAAGGAGGGGGCCGCGAGCCCGGCCGCCGCCUUCACCUCUUCCUUCCGCCCGCUGCGGGGAGCGAGCCGCGCGGGAGCACCUGUCACCGCCGCUAGGGUGAGCGGCGUCCUCCGCGCUGAGAGGCGGCGGCGUGAGAGGCCCGGCGCGGCACGGCGGAGCCUCGGCGGGGGGACGGCGGCGGAGAUGAUGCCGAUGAUAUUAACUGUGUUUCUGAGUAACAACGAGCAGAUUUUGACGGAAGUUCCAAUUACACCAGAAACAACCUGUCGUGAUGUAGUGGAGUUCUGCAAGGAGCCUGGAGAAGGAAGUUGCCACCUGGCUGAAGUAUGGCGUGGAAAUGAACGUCCCAUUCCCUUUGAUCACAUGAUGUAUGACCACCUACAGAAAUGGGGUCCCCGGAGGGAAGAGGUGAAAUUUUUUCUUCGGCACGAGGAGUCACCAGCUGAAAGUAAUGAACAGGGUGGACGACAAACCCAGAACCAAAGAAAUGGAAUAAGUAUACCUGUGGAGAAGCGUACAGAGAAUGGGGUCGGGAAUCCACGCGUUGAACUCACUCUUUCUGAACUUCAAGAUAUGGCUGCUCGACAACAACAGCAGAUUGAAAACCAACAGCAAAUGUUGGUUGCUAAGGAACAACGUUUACGUUAUCUGAAGCAGCAGGAGCGUCGUCAGCAGCAGUCUGUGUCAGAGAGUGAAAAGCUUCAAAAACUGAAAGAACGCGUUGAAACCCAGGAGACAAAGUUGAAAAAAAUCCGUGCCAUGAGAGGACAAGUGGAUUAUAGCAAGAUCAUGAAUGGCAAUCUGUCAACUGAAAUUGAGCAUAUAAGUGCCAUGUUCCAGGAAAAGCAGCAGGAGCUACAGGCUGCAGUAUUGAAAGUGGAUCAGCUUACCCAGCAACUGGAAGACUUAAGGAAAGGGAAACUGAAUGGGUUUCAGUCUUACAAUGGACAAGUAACAGGACCUGCAGCAGUGGAAUUAAAAAAAUUAUAUCAAGAGCUACAGAUUAGGAACAGGCUUAAUCAGGAGCAGAACUCCAAGCUCCAGCAGCAGAAAGAACUCUUAAACAAACGUAACAUGGAAGUGGCAAUGAUGGACAAGCGAAUCAACGAGCUGCGUGAACGACUAUACAAGAAAAAAGUUGAGGCACGUCAAAAAGAAAACAUUCCUUUGAAUCGUAUUAAUGGAACUUCAUCACCCCAGUCAUCUCUGAGUGCUUCAGGAAGGGUGGCAGCAGUGGGACCCUACAUCCAAGUUCCAAGUGCUGGCACUUAUGCUGUGCCAGUAGAUCCAGUCAAACCACAGACUCUCACCAUUGCUUCUAGCGCAACACAUGGAAGAUCAAAAUCUGUAGAAACAGACUGGGGGUGUGUGAAAAAAUCUCCAGACACCUGGAAGGUUUCUGAUUUAGACAUAAUAGCGGAUCCUAUUCUGUCAUCUCCCACUUCUCUUCAGUCUGCCGUUCACAAUGUCAUCCGUCUGGCACCUACUGUCUUUGACACCCAGCACUCUAAUGAUGGAAACUGGCCCCUACUUAAGCAGAGCUCAGCCCCUGUGGUAAAACCCCCUCAGAUCUCCAACACAGACUGGAAAGAAUCGAGCAUGGAUACUGCUUUAAAACAAGGAACAAUAUCCAGUCAACCUUUGCCAGCUUCAGCAUUAGGAAGUACUGAUAAGCUGGGUCUUGACUUGGGGAAAGUACCACCAACGAUUCCCGGUGUAAGCAAGCAGUUGCCUCAAAACUAUGGGACCUAUCCAAGCCCAGUUCCCUUAGGAACAGGUUCUACAAAUUCUCUAGAAAGAAGGAAGGACGGCAGUCUGCCCAGACCUGGAACUAGUAUAGCGAAUCGACAAAGACCUGUUCCGCUUCCGCCGCCAAGCAGCGUCCAUCAACCCAGUUCCUCACAGCAAAUCCAGCAGAGAAUUUCUGUACCUCCUAGCCCUACGUACCAACCCUCUGGACCCCCCUUGUUUCCAGGAGGAGACGGCAGGCCAGAACUCCCUUUAACUGUGGCUAUCAGACCUUUUCUAGCUGAUAAAGGAUCAAGACCUCAGUCUCCCAGAAAAGGGCCACAGACGGUGAACUCCAGUUCCAUCUACUCAAUGUAUCUUCAGCAAGCAACGCCACCAAAGAAUUAUCAACAAGCUGUAUAUAACACCUUAAAUAAGUCAGUAAAAGCAGUUUAUGGAAAACCUGUCUUACAAUCUGGUUCAACUUCUCCCUCACCACUGCCAUUCCUUCACGGCUCUUUGCCUGCCCAGACCUCCUCACAGCCACAAUCUCAGCCUCAGACUGACGUCUCUGAAAAAGACCAAGAGCUGGAAAAUGCUCCACCACCCAGUGAAAAUAGCAAUGUGGAAAACAUUCCUCGCCCUCUCAGUCCUACUAAGCUCACUCCCAUUGUGCAUUCACCCCUGCGAUAUCAAAGCGAUGCUGACCUUGAAGCUCUGCGAAGAAAAUUGGCCAACGCUCCUAGGCCGUUAAAGAAGCGUAGUUCUAUCACUGAACCAGAAGGCCCAAGUGGACCAAAUAUACAAAAAUUACUGUAUCAACGCUUUAAUACUCUUGCUGGAGGAAUAGAAAGCGCCCCUUUUUACCAGCCAGGCAAUCCCCAGGACUUCAUAGGUAUCUUAGCAGAUGUUGAUAAUGGUAACGCUAGUACCAAUGGCAAUAUCGAGGAACCUAUUUCUGUGCAACCUACAGUUCCCCUUCCUGAUGAGCCACCCCCUUCAUCAGAUGCCAAUGAUAAUGAAUUACCUUCCCCUGCAACUGAGGAACUGAUAAGCACUGAAACUACAAAUCAAACAUCCGAGACAACUGAAGAUAACAACAACAACGUUGCUAUAGUUCCUUCUACCGAAGAGUCGUCCAGUCCCACGCCUGAGGUCAGCUCUCCAGCAGAAGAGGAAGCUCCUUUGCAACCUGCUCUUCCUCCUCCACUUCCUCCAACCAAACGUACCAACCUGAAGAAACCUAACUCUGAAAGAACAGGCCACGGUUUGAGAGUGAAGUUCAAUCCAUUGGCCCUUCUCCUAGAUGCUUCUUUGGAGGGAGAAUUUGAUCUUGUACAAAGAAUCAUAUAUGAGGUUGACGAUCCCAGUAAGCCCAAUGAUGAAGGAAUUACACCUUUGCAUAAUGCAGUGUGUGCUGGUCAUCACCACAUUGUGAAGUUCCUGCUUGAUUUUGGAGUAAAUGUAAAUGCAGCAGAUAGUGAUGGGUGGACACCUUUGCAUUGUGCAGCUUCUUGCAAUAGUGUUCAUCUCUGUAAGCUAUUGGUUGAAUCUGGGGCAGCUAUUUUUGCUUCAACUAUAAGUGAUAUAGAAACUGCUGCAGACAAGUGUGAAGAGAUGGAAGAAGGUUAUAUCCAGUGUUCUCAGUUCUUGUACGGAGUGCAGGAGAAGUUGGGAGUGAUGAACAAAGGAGUGGUGUAUGCACUGUGGGAUUACGAAGCCCAGAACAGCGAUGAGCUGUCCUUCCACGAGGGCGAUGCCAUUACUAUUCUGAGACGCAAGGAUGACAACGAGACGGAGUGGUGGUGGGCCCGCCUCAAUGAUAAAGAAGGCUAUGUGCCUAAAAAUCUUCUUGGGUUAUAUCCACGAAUAAAACCUAGACAGAGAACCCUUGCUUGAAUUCAGUUGUACAACGGUGCAACACCUUGCUGGUAACUGGAAACUUAAAACAUACACUGGAGCCAUUGUUUUUGAUCAUUUCACACGGAGAAAUAAAACUAUGAUACUUAGUUUUAAUGGUGCUUUCUCUUGUUAAAUGGACAGCAUCCAAAAGUUUCAAGAUCUGCAGUUUGUAAAUGAAUCCUGUUCUGUGUGACCCGCCACUGAUGAGGAGAGCUGUAUCUCCAUACCUACAGUGUUCCGCCAACUGUUGUCUACAGCGAUGUGUUGAGUUGAAGUUCGGUGUGGUAGGAGCUUUCUUGUGUUAAAUGUCCAGAGGUGCCAUUUGCGAAGUGCAGAUAAGCUGUCCAGUUUGCUCCAACCCCACAGUAACUGUCCCAUGUCAGGAUUUUGGAUGUUUUGUUCAAUACCAGUGAAUGUUGAGUUCUCUCAUUACUCAUCGACUCUUUGGGUUCUAGGACACAAGAUCUUCACCAAUUCCAUUCAUCAGUAAGUACUCACCAAAGCUUUACGAAGGCUGGGAUGAAGUGUUAACGUGCUUUUGCACUUACAUCCUAGUUCAGGCAACCCCACCAAAAGCUUUACAUAGUCUAGCAUCUAGUAUAAAUCUGCAUUUAGAAUCAAGCCAGAGAAACUAACCAAACAGCAGUAUUAGUACACUUUUCAAAGCCCCUACACGAUAGUUCACUUGGUGUUAUAUUUUCUUAUUAUUCAGCCUACAGCACCAGUGUUACCUCUACUAAUGUAAAGGUUCCCCUGAUAACCACUGUUCUGGACAGAACAAUUAAUAGUGAACUUGCAGCAGCUUAAAGGAUUUGUAUGUCUGCAUGGAUGAAAGUGCAAUAGUUGAGAAAGGUAAGAGUCUGGUAAGGGUAAUACUGUGUAAUUUAAGUCUGCCCAGGUCAGUCUAGAAGAAAAAAUGAAGGACUGAAUAGAAGUAGAAAGUGAGGUGUGUAGAGAUGUUGACUUAAGGAGAAGACAGAAAUGAGGUGUUAUAAAGAAGGGUUUGAGAAAGGCAAUAGCUAAUUUGAGGACAGUUUCUGUGGUUCUUGGCAGCCUACAGCUGUUGCCGAGGCAAGUUAUGCAAUAAUCUAUUCCACUACAUUGUAGUUUCAAGCAAAAAAAAAAAAAGAAAAAAAGGAAAAAAAAAGCACUUCACUGGAAUUUUAAUUGUACAUGAUUUUAUAUACCAAAAGUAUAUUUUGAAUUUCCCAUUAUAAGUUAAGUUGUAGCCAUAUUUCUUGUAAUUUUCUCCCAUUAAACAGUAUGCAAUUUGAUUAAUUCCUCAUGUACAAGUUCUGUGUAUAAUUUAUAUAUCCAUCUCUGCAGUGCUGUAACUUGCUUUUACCACAGGUCAGCAUUAACUGUAUAUAUUGUGGUGAAAAGUGAAAGGGUAUUAUUGUUGAAGAAUUUGCUACAUGAAUGUCAUGAUUCAAGAGCCUCCGAUACACUAAUGCAGAGAAAAUGUACCUGUGCACAAUAAAGUACUGCUAAGGCGCUG